AUGGUAGAGGAGGAAUGGCGGCACAAAGAAGAUAGUCAGCAGUACCGACGCCCCACCGACUCCCGCAGCUCUCCCGCUCAGAGCGUCUACCUGUCGCAUCAGAAGCAUUCUCCGCAGCCGAAGUCCUUCCGCCACGAGCCGCCACGACACUCCUCCGUCGACCGAGACCCAUACCACAGGUAUUUGUCGAAUCUGCUAAUCACAUCUCAUCAACCUGCGUUUUGUUUUAUCCAGCUAUUAUCUCGAGAAGUUCAUUUUUAAGACUUUAAACAGUUUUCAAAUAUUUUUAAAAUCCUUUGCUUAUUUCAUUUUUUUUUGAACUUUCAUUCAUCUAAACUUUGUUCGAAAUCAGUGUUAUGAAUUUAGAUGGAACCUCGUGAAAUUCUGAACCCCUAAAAAGAACGUUUCCUUACUCUGUGCAAAAAAGUUUAGAAAUUUUCCUUCUUUCAUUUUUUGACAACUUUGUGUUGCACAUCUCUAUGUUACAUAAUGUACAUAUGGAACUUUCUGAAGACAGUUGUUUUUAAACGUGAAAAUUUGAAGACAAGCAGUUUUGAUGAUUUCCUGACCAGUUUUGACAUGAUUUUUUCGGUUCCUUUUUUCUCAGAAUAACCUACCAAUUUUUGAUCCGCAAAGUACCCUUUUACAUGCAAGUUUUCAACAACGAUCUAUCUGCAACUAACUUUUUUGAGAACCAGAAAUCACCGGGGACGUCGAUAAAUAUCUUUUAAAAAAAACUUGGAACUGAAAUUCUUCUUUUUAAAGUCACAAAGUGAUAAAUGAAUGAAAAAAACGGUGCGUUAACAGGAAAGAAAAAUUUUGAAAAAAUUAAUCUUUUCUUUUUCGGAUUCUUACUGACACGUGAAAAAAGUUCAACGCGUUGCUUUUUUUCUCAAAUUACGGCGUAGAAGUUUUAGUUGAGGAAUCAAGUACGUAUUACGAAAUUCUCUUCUUGCAGAUAUUCUUACGACCCCUGGAACGAUCCCUACUUUGCUGCACACGCGGAAAUGCUGCGGACGCGACAAUUUCCCGAAGUCAGUCGAUUUUUCAAUAUUUCUUUGAAAACUGAGUUAGUUUUAAUGUUGCCCAGCGAAUAAAUACAAUCAGGGCGUCUAGAUCGCAAAUUAGACGCCAAUGUCUAAUUUUCUUAUCGUUUACAGGUUAAAAACGUCGAUAAAUUAGUUAUAAAUCGGGUCAGUAUAUCAAAGUUAUGGAAUUGUUUUUCUUCUUCACUCUGACGAUCAGAAAAACAAAAGAAAGGUGUUCCAAGUGAUUGAGAAGUUCUCGUGUGAGUCGAAUCACACUCGGUUCCUAUAUGAAUAGCAGGAAAGGCCUGUUUCCAUUGCAGCCAGCGUUUGCUGUACUUCUCGCCGUUCUAUUACAGUUUGAACUGCGCCUCGUUAAUAUUAACUCAUACUAAUUUGAAGUUUAUGUCUUUAAUCACGUUCGAACGAUGUCGUUUUUCCAGAGUAUCAUCUCGAUUCUCGACUCUAGCUGGCUCAAUUUGAGUGAACGUUCUUUCCAUUCAGCAGGAUUGACGAUCAUGUUUUUAAAAAAAAAAGAAUUUUCAAUUUUUCUAUUAGGGUUAAAAAUUCCAAAAAGGAAAUUACAAUUGAAAAUCUUCAAUAUUUUAAAUCAAUGUUCCUACGAACAUCAGGUUUUUUUUCUGAAUAUAUUUGUCCAAAUUUUCAAAUUGAUCAAAGUCAUCAACACUUCAUACCUUUACUCCAAUAUUUUAGUAUUGAUGAAUCUUUUUUGAUCAUGAACUCGAUUGAGUCUUGAUAUAAAAAAGAUUCAAACUGUUACAUCUUCAGUUUUUUAUGAACUCUCAGAGGUUCUGCAAAUUAUUGUAGUUUUUUGGCUUCUUAUUCGCAUUAAAAGCAAUUUUUCAAUUUAUCUUUUGAGCUUACUCACUUGUAACUUGAAUAUUUCCUAUUGAAAAGUGGUCUUCAAGGAUGGCAUUCGCCGUGGAGCGAAACGUGUCGGCCGUGUUUCCAUUUUAGGCGUUGCUCUCAUUGGCCCCGCCUUUUUCGGCCGCCACUUUUGGGCAUCUUUCUCCUUUGUAGUGGAAAUAUCCCGCGCAAAUCCGCCAUUUCGUUUCUCAAGUCGUUCUGAAUGCGCUUUUGUGGAUGGAUCAAUUCAUCAGCUUUGUCUUCAAGUUUAUUGAAUUUUACCUUUGCACAAAUUCAAGCGAAAGGAAUUGUUUUCGUAAGGUUCGAAGAAAUUCCCAUCUCACGCAAUUUCUUGACGCUUCUAAACUUUUCGAAAGGUUUUCUUUUUCGUUUGGUUGAAGCAUAUUUUUAUUUUCUAUUUUAAAAUUAGCGAAUUACCAAGCUUUUAACUUACAGUAAUUUUUUUUUUGCAUUUUGUAUUUUUGAAUUUUUGUAUUUGCCACAUGCUUUUAUUUCACAAAUAGUAUCGCGAGGAGAAAAAUUUCAAUUUUGGGAAAAAUGAAAUCUUUCCGUUUUUGUCAAUGGAGACCAUUAUGAACGGCCUGAAAGCAAACUAUGAUUUGCCUUUUCCGAUUUAAUAUUUUGCAGCUAGCACACAAUUUCUACUACUGUGUUUCAGUAAAGCACGUUCUGUUUGUAAUGUUUUUCAUUUCUCUCUCACAAAAAUUCAUUCAAAACAUUUCAAAAUGCUUCAAAAAUGUUGAAAUAAAUAUUUUCCUCAUUUGUAUAUAAAUUUUCAUCAUAACGAUAGAUCAUCUUUUCCAUAAACAAAAAGUCAAAACCAUAAGGCAUGUUGUUUCCCGCCUUUUCUUUCGAAGUAUUCUUCAAGCUUUCCAGUUUCAACUAUAUUUCAAUUGUUUACAAGUGUUUGCGUCUACUUGGGAGACGUUCAUGAAUAGAAAUAAAGGUCGCAUCGCCACUCUUUCGUUUUCAAUCAUUUUUCAACUUUGACGGAUUUUGGUUUCGACAAAGCUCACGAAUCGCUUCAUUUCGAACUUUUUAAUUAUCAGGAAGUUUGUAUGUGAUAAAAUUCAAACUUCGUAAUUGAAAACCAAUCUCUCCUCACGCACAUAUUUUAGAAUUCCCCAUUCCGUUUAUUUUUUUUUCGAUGAUUUUUUGACCUCCAAUUUAGAAAAUUUAGGAUGUUUUGGAGGUUAAGCCUUUCAAGCUCUUCACCAUGUGUUUUCGAAUAACUUUUGGGACACUUUUUCUCAAUGUCUCACGUAAAUCAAGGUACUAUUAUCACAAAUCGAACUUCAGGUCGCAGGAAUCUACGGGUGCGACGAGCAGCCAGCCUUGCGACGCUUCACUCGCUACAAUCAGUCGAUCGUCGCGCGCGAAUCGAGUCCCUCACUGAUGGCUCCGCCGCCGCCGGCCACAGUCUUCUCCAAAAGGUUCAUCAGUGGCGUCCAUCUCUUAGUAAAGUCAUUUCAGACAGUUUGAAUUUCCGAGAGAAUCAUUAUACUUUAGUGUAUUCGCUAAAAGCUUGAGAAUUGAUUCUUCAAUGGUUUAUGGCGGAGUCCUCAAAAAAUAGUUUUGUUGAAAACAAAAGUUUCGCGAUUCCCUAAUUUUUUUUUGCAUGUUCUCUAAUAGCUUUUCUCGAGAAAUCACUGUUGAUCGAUGUUUCUUACCGGGACAAAAAAUAAAAGUUUCAAGAAAAGCUUUGCAGCUCGAAGAAACCGUCAUUCUUCAUCAUGGGCAACUGGACUUUUCGCGACCGAAACAAAUCGCGGCCUUCCAUCACAGACGGCCUUCUGAGGUUUGUAUUCACUUAAUCAUUCCAGGAAAGAAACUGAAAAUUAAGGAUUUUGAAUCUCCAUCGAUGCAAAGAAAAUGUUUUAAACAAGAUGUCUGUCUAAAAAAUCUAGUUUUGCCGACAUAUGAAUGUCAAUCUUGUUAUUUUUGGCAUGAUGAAAGUGUUGAAUUAAAAAAUGAUCACGUCAUCAUGUUGACGGUUUCGAACGCGGUUUCAAUAAUGUUAACAGUUCAAAACGUCAAUUAUUUCAUGAAUUAUCAUUAAAGACUAAAUCGCUGCGUCGAGACAGAAAUCUUUAAACUUAGGGGAAAAAUGUUCUAACUUCAACUGUCAAGCUGAAUUUUGAAGUUAAUUCGGUCUCUCUUUGGGCAAAACUGGGAAUAUGAAUAAUUGUUACGUUCGAUUUCAUGGGUGAUGGGUAAAGAUUUGCAAUCGGACUUUCUUUUCUCGAGGAAUAUUAUGCUAAUCGGGUUAGCGGCAACCAUAAAAGAGGUCGGCGACCGUCUUAGGCCCCUUCUGUGGGCUCAGCAUUCCCCGAAAAAUGUUUCUCAUGGAGAACAAAAUAGGAUUCAGAGAUUGUCUUUGGAUCCAGAGAAAAUGCUCAAAAUCAAUUUUCACAUAAAACCGUUCUGUUACAGUAUUUUGAAAAUAUGAACUUAAGGAAGCAAAAAAAAAACAAACGUUUUUUGUCAAAACCUUCACUUUCCGAGAGAUUCAAAAACAAGACACAAAAGAACAUGUGCCGCCGACAGGCUUAUCUGCCGCGGUUUCGCGACUUUUUCGUUGCCAACCGGUGCGAUUUACUCUUGUUUGGCAGUUUUACAAAGAAAAAAGUGCGAGUAGAAUGGCAAAAAAAAUGUGCAGAUAAAACUUUUCCAGUAUAUUUAAAUUAUCCUUCAACAAGAAUUUUUGAAAAAAAAAGGAACUUCUAGUUUUUUAUUGAGAAAAAUUUGAUAGGGUUAUAAAUUCAUAAGACGUUUCGGUUAGGAUAAGCCUUCGAUCCAAUAGCAUCUAUUUUUCCUAUUUUCACCUCACAAGAUUCCGAAAACUCAUAACUUUCAAUUGAAACGUCAGAAAUCUUUCAUUCAGACAGGUCAUCGAUCAAACUGAGAUCCCUAGAGGCCAAGAUCAGGCGGAAGAAACACACAAAACAAAAGGAGAUAUUAAUCUUCGAAAGGAAAAAAAAACCGGCGGUCCCCGAUUUGUCUUCAUUUCCGAGGAAAAAAAAAAACCUCGUAUCCAUUUAUCUCUUCCAAUUCUGACCCUUUUCUUUUAGUAGUAGUGGAUUUCCAAUUGGUAUUUUGACCUCGUGAUUGAUGCGCUGCAGUUUUUCAGUUCCAAAGUGUCUUUAAGGCUCCUAAUUGAACUUUCGUAUCGACUUUUGAAGCAAUGUAAUUCUUCAACAGAGGAGAGACUCUUUGCAAUGCAAAUAGUAGACUUUGCUCCAUCUGUUCGAAUCAGAUCUCAAAAAACAAAAAGAAAGUAAUUUUUCUUUUUCGUGAACGUUGAAAGUUGAAUAAUCACUGAGAGUCAAAGAAAAAAACAAAUCUCAUCGGACCUUUUCAGGAUUUUCUAUCUCUCUUCAAAAGAAGCUUUGCAGAGAAGACCGACCGGUGAGCAUGAACCUGUCGGACAUGAGGUCCUCGCGGAGCCGAAGUGAAGCCGCGUCGCGAGCCUCCCCCAUGACGUCAUCGGCCCAUAGUCCGUCGCUGAAUGAAGAAUUUCCACGACACUCUGAGUUUCGAAUUCCAGUCAGAGUUGAGCGUUCUUCGAUGGCGAAAAGGUCGCCCAGAAGUCCCGCUCCAGCCGUAGAACCUGACUUCAGAAGUGAGGCUAAGAACCAGGAUGGUCAGUAUUAAGAGAUUUUCAGCAAACAUUGCGGUAGACGACGUCGCGAUCCUUCGUCCAAAGAAGGAGAUCGAGCCCAACAACAACAACGUUAACCAUCGGUUCAGCUUCCAGUCUUGGUACCUCUCCUACCUGUCCUGUUAUUUAAAUAGAGGCCAAGAGAAUCCAUAAUCUUGACUGCCGAAGGAAACAUUUGAAUAUAGACUCACUUCAACUUCUUAAAGUAAAAAAAAGGUUCACUCUAUUUACCAAACGGAUCGUUUGUCUGAAAGAAAAGGGCGACAAAUUUAUCAAUAAGAAUCGGUUUCUGAGACUUUCAUUAUUUCUUUCACUGUAUUCCCAUUCAUACUUCACUCACUCAAGUGUUCAGCGUGCAAAUGCGGAAGUCAUGUCCAGAUCUCGACACGACCUCCGUCGCCAGCAUCGCCAACCUAGAGCAGCACCGCGUCAGCAAGAAGCGCAACAGACGGGCCAAAGAGAAAAUGAGUCAUGCGGCGUGGCGACGAAAACGGGUGCAGGUUAGUGUUAGUCCUGAAGCGAAAACACUCGAAGCGGUUGGAGGAUUGGUCGCUGGACGACGUGCUUUUGUGGCUGCAGUCGUGCCAGCUCGACGAGGUCGCCUCGCUCCUCAUCGGCUACGACCUCCGCGGCGAAGACUUGCUCCAAUGGAACCACCAGACCCUUGGUGAGCCUUUUCGAAAUAAUUGUUUGGAAAACAAUUUACUUAUUUUGUUCAUCAAUGGAUACUAGACCACGUACUUCGAGCAAGGUUGAGAACAUGAAGAAAGAAAAUCGAGAUACAAAUUUGACCUAAAAAAUUUUCCAACUUACGUAUAUAUUUAUAGUCCCUCGAAUUUUUCAAUCUGAUUUAUCGAGUUUUGGAAGUACUGGUCAUUUUGGCAGACGAAUUAUUCUCUAGCCUCCGAAUUUUUACUUAUGAAGAGGCAAAAAUGAUCAACCAUUUUUCCAAUUUCAAAGCAGCUCGAAAUAUUCUUCAAAAAAAGCCACACGAGCUUCGAAACGGCUCGUCUCGUCAAAAGUUUCGUCCUAAUUCGACACGUGUUUUUGUCUCGAUCUGCGUCGUUUUAUGAGCGAUCGGCAAAGAUGCGCCAACACGAUAAAGCAGAAGAACCUUGACUUCGGAGGGGAACCGCGAAAAUCUGGAGAUUGCAGUACAACUGGGCGUCGGUGACGAAGCGAUCAGGGUGAAAAUCCUCGACGAACUCGCAGCCAUUCUCAAGACAGGUCCUGUUGAAGAAGAAGAGAAGCGAAAUCCCCACAAAACACUCUUCGACAUCGUCAGACUUACCAGCUAUGAUCAGGUAAGAAUGUCCAACAAAAGCUUUGCGAUUCAUUUGAAUUGAACAUCUAAGUUUUCUUUGCCCUCAAAAGGGCAAUAAAAGCUGAGAAAAGUUGCAGGUUUCUUUGGGUUGUUCAGAAAAAAAAGCUUAUUUUGUCGCGAUCGCUUUCUAAGCAACAACUUAAAGGCAUAUGAGCAGUAAAAAAUUGAAUUUGAGACAAAUACGCCUUCUUGUUGAGCUCCUAUUUCGUGUCGAAUGGUGUAUUUGGAAACGUACAGAACAAAAAAAGUUGCCUAGUUAGAGCAUGAAAAACAUCGAAAAACUUCGUCCAGUACGAAUUUUCUUUUGUUCGAGUUUCAGAAAAACUUUGAAUUCCGAGUGAAAUCGCCUCCUUUGUUUCCGAUUACCCGAACUUCUUCAGGUCCUCGCCGUUGAAACGCCUCUGACCACACGAGACAUCACUGUCACACACGGACGCCUUGGCUGCCUACAAAUAACCAAAGUCAACGGCGUGAACCUCCCUCUCCGUGAGCAAGACUGGUUAGUUCUUGUUGGGAUUGGCCAUAGUCAACGACAAGCUUCAGCUUGCUGGAGAUCAACGAGCGGCCUGGCGAGCAGUUCAAGUCCGCCCUGAUGCUCACAAAACUCAUCAGCGACUCCAACGGAACGCCCAUCCGAUUCGUCGUCCUGCGACGCAAAACCGAGGAAACACUCGAUGACAGCAUUGUGAGUUUUGAAGCGUGAAAAUUUUUUUUUCGAGUCCAAACGAAAAGGAUUUCAGAACGAGCGGUCAAGUAGUGGGAUCUCAUCUUCUCCGCAAACUCCCACGGAAUGA